CCCUUCUUAUUAGUCACAGAAAAAAUUAAUAUAAACUCCAGUAUCUAUCCGGCUUGUUGCCUCCUUUUCUGAAGCUUUCACUGCUCCAGAUACAAAUGAAAAUCCUCACACCCUUUGUGACCUUAUUAUUUAUCUUGUUAUGCACAGAAGCGAGUGCCGAGACCUGCGCCGCCGCCUUCUGUCGCCGUGAUGAGCCCAUGAUCCGUUUCCCCUUCCGGAUCGGAACCCGCCAGCCUGAAUCUUGCGGGUACCCGGGCUUCGACCUGUCGUGCGACGGGAUGAACCAAACCAUACUAGAGUUGCCCAACUCAGGCCAAUUCACCCUCCGAAGCAUAGACUAUGCUGAGCAAGAGCUAUGGGUGAAUGACCCUGAGGGUUGCCUCCCCAAGAGGCUUCUCUCCCUCAACCUCCACGGCUCGCCCUUCGCUAGUGUCUAUUCCCAGGACUACACCUUCUUUAACUGCUCCUCCAGCUACAUCAAGUACGGCCUGAACCCGAUUGCCUGCCUCAGCGAUUCCAACUACACGGUCUUUGCAACCUCCUCACCUGGAAUGGCAAGCACCCUCUCCUCCUCAUGCACACCUGUGAAGACCGUCCCAGUCCCCGUCGAAUGGUCGUUCUAUGAGCAGGUCAACUCGUCGGACCUCAAUGACGAUCUCCGGCUCCAGUGGGGGGUGCCGCGGUGUGGAAGGUGUGUGGUUCGGGGCGGGAGGUGCGGGCUCAAGGGCAAUUCCACCACUGAGAUCGAGUGCACCAAUAUCCCCCAGCGUGGGAUUCCGAGAGCCGCCCGCUACGCAAUCAUUGUUGGGGUCGGGCUCCCCGCGAUUCUGUUCCUCCUGGGCUUGCUUUGCUUCCUCUGCGGCAGAGUGAAGUCCUAUGCGAGAGGGCGCCGCCCCGUCAUCGGGGAAUUCGCCACGGCGGUCGUGCCGCAUUCCGCCCACGUUCCGGGCCUCGAUGUGGUGGUCAUCGAAUCUUACCCUAAAAUCGUCCUAGGAGAGAGCAAGCGACUUCCGAAGCUUGACGACAGCACUUGUCCCAUUUGCCUGUCAGACUAUCAGCCCAAAGAGACCCUCAAAACCAUACCACAAUGCAACCAUUGCUUCCAUGUGGAUUGCAUCGACGAGUGGCUUCGCCUGAAUGCUACUUGCCCGGUUUGCCGGAACUCACCGCCCCAGCCAUGACAGCGUGCUUCAUGUUGUGUUCCUGUUUCUCUGGUGCUUGAAGUUUUGUGUAUAAAACUAGAAGCCACUUGACAGUCAAAAGAGUCUUUUUGUUUUUAGCUGAAAGAGCUCAAGGGUGUCAGAAAAACCAGACAAACUAGUUCGACUUGGCUUGAAUUGAAAGGAAAAGAUGAAGAGCUCGACCAAAUGCACGAGGAUGAGAUGAAUGUCUUGUAGUGUUUUCUCAAAGGACACAAGUAGAUACUUCGAUACCAUAAAGUUGUUCGAUUACAGUACAAUUCAGUAACCAAAUUCAUCCGCUGAAUUGCUACUCUUCAGUAAGAAUUCCCUCCGUCAAUGAAGCCCUCGUGCCACCCUAGUUCAUUGAUGCAAUCUCUUCCAAGAAGCUUUGAACCGAUGUCAUUUCAAAUUGCGAUUAAAUCGACCUCGAAAACAUAACCCUUUACUCAUUCAGCGCUUCUGCAAAUACGUUUGUCUUCAAUUUAUUAUCAAUUUUUGAACUUAUCAUCCUCAUGAGAAGGGCCAUU